AAACAGUUUUAAGUGCAGACAAACCUCAUAACCCCUUUAACAUGUUAAAGAAACCAAACAGAUGUCGUUUAGGUAAACAAGAUAACAGACAUUCUCCAAUACCUGUCAUCAGAAUAACUACAUACAACUAAAUGCAUCGAUUACUAACACGUCUGCUGGUAUUAGUUAUUACUGUCACUGUUAACCAUGUGGAGUGUUCUGUGAGUGAUAGCCAUUUUAUUGGUCUUGGAUACAACAUUCUGCUUGGUAACCCGGAUGGUGGUGAUUUGUCCCUAGUUGGAGUUGAUCCUGGAAUAAAGACAACUAGACAUAUAUUACGUAUCACACCGGACACUGCAUCGAAGCUUAUAGUCAAUGACGGAGGAAGAACGUGUGUAACCCCAAAUAAUGCAACUUCAAUUUUCUAUGGCGCAAAGUCUUAUCAAAAAUAUCUUUUAGGAGAUAUAGUGACGUUUGGAGAAGGAGACAGCAGUAUUAAACCAUUUGCAUUCACAGGUAGUACAGUUUUUAAGGACGUUGAUCAUAGAACGUCUGUAAACCAUAAUGUGAUUCGAGACACCAUUAGUGUUUGUAACGGAGGGCGGACUAGGUAUGUUAUGCCACCACUUUACAGCAAUCUCCAUGAUAUCAGUGACGAGUUUGCUAGUGCUGUGUGCAACCUUCCGGUAACUUAUGACAGAGACGCCUAUCGACAGUUUCUAGAUAUAUGGGGAACUCACGUCAUUGUUGGAGUUGAAACUGGAACAAAAAUAGUGACAAGAUAUGAGCAAACAGAUUCCCAGCUUGCCGAUUUUCUUUUGUCGCAAGACAUUAAAUUUGGUUCCGUUUCUGUAGAGGAUUACAUGGGAUAUGGUUCUGUUGUUUACCUAAACGUCUCAAAUUUUCACCACAAUGAUUACCAUAAAAUGCAUGGCGGACAAAAAGACGUUUCGUUGUCUAUUGGAACAGCUUCUUCUCCACAACCAGUAGCUUAUAAACUGGCCACCAUAGCUACGUUUAUACAUGAAAAUUAUUUCAACAAUGCAUCCGUAUUCCUUAAUAAGGGUAUCUGUGAUGAAGGAGUUAGCUAUUAUUUACCGGCAAGACAAAACAAUACUAUAAUGGCUCUAGCUGAGUAUGCUGCAGCUAAGGGAAUACUAUCUGAACCAAGAGAUCCGGACAUGAAACUUCCGAUCACUUGGCCUCAUGGUACAUACGGUUUUUAUAAGGCAAGGACUGGUUGUCCUCUUACUCCUAGUAGAUUUGCAGAGGGAUGGCGGAGACAAGAUGCAGAGGAUGAUAGCAAUACUAAUUAUUGGACCUCAGAUAUACACUUAGCUGGUACCAUGGAAAAGAACAAGCCAGUCUUUUAUUUUUGUAUGAAAACGGCUAAUGAGAAUUCAAACUAUGAGAGAGAUUGGCCAACUGGGAACUAUUGUAUCCUCAAGAAAGGCGGUUGUCCUACAGGAUUCACAGGUGGUUCAGUCUACUGGGAUGACGAAGACUCCAGUAAUGCCAACGGACAUAGUGGAACCUUACCAGACGGAGAGUACGAUAGUAAUACACGGCUUGACUUCUGCUGCAGAAGCGAUGGUUUUUCCAAGAGAAAAAUUUUACUUCCAAUCGAUCGACCAUUUUAUCUAAUGAGAUACACCAGUACCUGUCAGGAAGUUUUCGGAAUGUCCGUGAAAGAGGAAAUCUUCUCCAUAGACACAGAAAAUCUCUUCAACAAAGACAAAUGCUCUGGCGCUCAUCCCUAUGAUCCAAACUGCAACAGGAACCACGAACUCCAUUACUGCUAUUAUGAAUACAAAGCUCCAGUACCCAUUACUAUUGGUCCAAUCAUUGGAUAAACAUAGAUAGAUCGUUUUUCAUAUUUAAUGCAUUCCAUAUAAAUCAGAUAUGAUAAAGUUGAGGAUUUGUUAUAGGUCGAGGCUUUAUGUGGACUGCGAUAUGAAAAACAAACACCAUGCUCUCUUUGUCAUUUAUUAUAAAAUCAAGAUAUUGACAAUCCUAUAUAACCAGAUUUCUUCUAAAGUCAAUACCACAAUGCUUUACGGUUAUACAGUUUUAAUUGUGACCUCUUUUUUUGGUGACAUUGGCUUCUACAUUUAAUCCGUAACAAAUAUACAAUAUUUGUAUUUUCAACUAAAUAUAUGCUGAAUAUGUGUUCUAUAAGCAAUAAAUAACAUGAUCAAA